AUGUAUUAUGUGGGAGAGCAGAGUUGUCAUUCCCACAAAGUUACGAAGCGAAGUGUUCAUGACGGUGUGGUUAGAAUGAAAGCUCUGGCUAGAAGUUACGUUUGGCGGCCAGGAAUUGUUUUGGAGAUUGAAGGGCUAGCAAAAGGAUGCAGUGGUUGCCAGCGGGUUCAACAUGCCCCCAAAUGCUCACCAUUAGCCCCAUGGGAGUGGCCAUCUACCCCCUGGCAACGUAUUCAUACCGAUUUUGCAGGACCAUUCCUGGGAAUGAUGUUUUUAGUGAUUGUUGACGCUCACACAAAAUGGCCAGAGGUAAUAAUCAUGCACUCGAAAACAACCAUCUCCAAAACUGUCGAAGCCCUGCGAACAGUGUUUGCUCGAAAUGGGUUACUAGAACUACUGGUUAGCGAUAAUGGCCCUCAAUUCACUGCAGAAGAUUUCCAGCUGUUUCUAAAGAAAAACGGAGUUAAACACGUAACUUCAGCACAAUAUCAUCCAGCCACUAACGGCUUAGCAGAAAGAUUCAUUCAAACCAUGAAACAAUCUUUGACUUCAAUGAAGGAAGUCCUUGGCUCCACACAGACGAAACUAUCCAAAUUCUUAAUGAAAUAUAGAAACACACCACACAGAACGAGUGGUGAAACACCAUCAACUCUCUUCAUGGGACGAAAUUUACGCACACGGUUAGACUUGAUCAAACCGAACAUUCGAAAGCAUGUUAUAGAGAAGCAAGUCAGCCAAGCCAAACCCAAUGGUGUUAUUGCUGGUAAUGUACGUCAACUAUUCAUUGGGCAGGUAGUUAGUGUCAGAAAUUACAGAGGGAAGGAAAAGUGGAUUCAAGGAAUUGUGCGUGCUAAAACCGGACCAGUGUCAUACCAAGUCGAGAUUGCACCAAAUGUUAUCUGGAAGAGACACAUCGAUCAACUACUUGCCUCGGAGAACAUAAAGGACACUCAAGAUCUCGAACCAGUUACAGAUAUUCCAGGUCUGGCCAAUGAAAACUUUAAUGCUGAAGACGAAACAGCCGAGGACAUACAAGACCAACAGGACACUUUAGAACCAAAUCAAGAAUUGGAUGAAGUAGAACAACUUGAACAACGAUAUCCUGUCAGAAUUCGGCAUCAACCAAAUAG